AUUGGACAAUGUUUUUUUUUAUUUGAUGUUUUCUAAAAAUAGAUUGAACUUAAAGCCACUAGAUGGCAACACCUGCUUAGGUCUACAAGGUAAACCACUCACUGUUGUGAUGCAUUACAAUCCAGCUUAAAUGGUUUUCUUUGCUAAAUGUUUAUGUACGAAUUAUAUACAUUUACAUAUUAAUAGAACAAACCAUUAAUCUCUCUCUCUUUUUUAAUACUCCAAUAUCAUUUGAGAAGUGUAUACUACUUGUGGAUCAUUUAAGAUCAGCUGUUGAUAUUACGGUGUUCACAUUUCUUUAUUACACAGGUUGCCGUUUAAAACGCUGUAUGAUUGUUGAAUUACACUUGAGCUUCAUUGUGGGCCAUCACUCAUUCAUCUGCUCUCUCUCUUUUGUGUACCCACUCUCGUUUCCUGUGUUCUGUGCUGUUGUCAUGACUACUGUUGCCAAGGAGAGGCAGCCACAAGAGAAAGGAAACUUAAACCAGAGAUCUUGUAGCUGUAAUAUUUAAUUCAUCACCUCAGACACUAACGUUUGCAUGUUAUGGAGAAGGAUGAAACAAAGGAAAAGGGUAAAAUAACACAAAAACAACAAAGCCAUAUGAAAUAACUUGGUAGUCUCUUUAUCAAAUAAUUAUAUUUUAAAAUGUAAGUUUCAGUAACCCCCGCACCCCCCCAAAAAAAACCCACUAGCAAUUCAUCUUUAAUCACCUCGCAAGGUAACCUUAUAUUGCAGUAAUCAGAUCAUUUGUACCUUUGUAAAAUAUCCCUUUACAACUUAACAGCCAUGUGAUUUCACACUUCUGCCUAAAACACUGUUAUAGAGUGUUUUUGAGAGGAAGUAGAUUACUGAUGAUCACAAAAAAAAAAAAAAAUCGACUGGUAUACUAGUGUGAGGAUUUUGGUAUAAGCCAUCACAGUCGCCCUCAGAAUUGCCCACAUUAGCAAACACCCUCACAAGCCCACCCUUUUAAAGCAAUUUCUUUGUGAAAACAGUCUCAUAAAGGAAAAGGGCAAGCACUCUUUGCAGCGUCCCAUCAAAAGCGCUUAAUGUUUUGAGGCGUAUUGUAGACAGCCCCUAGAUUGUCUUUGUGUUAAUUGAUCUGCUAGCAGACACCAGUCUCGCCCUCCCUCCUCUGUCUCGCUCCGUCUCCCUUUAUAUCCUGCCAUCCACUGCUUUCCUUUCAGGAUGAGAGUGGCUUUGCUCGACAGUGUUUCUAAAGAUGGAUGAGACUGGCAUACUUGAAACACCUGUAAGGGUUAUCGGCCUGCCCAAUAGGCAAUCGCUACUCUCACAGCAAGCAACCAACCCAUGAAGGUUUUGUUGCAGGGAACAGGACAUUGCUUUUGUCUUUGCCUUAGUGUCCUGAAGCACAGCACUUCCUUUUGUGUCUGCUCUCGAUAAGACCCUCUUCUCUAUAAGAACAUCUAAACUAAAGAGCUUGAAAGAGGACAACGUCUUUACUUUUGGCAUCUAUUCGCACAGGUGUCACAUCUGAAGAACCUUUCUUUUUAUUGUGGAUAAUUUGCGAAGGCCUUUGCCAUCGUUCAAACUCUAGUUUAGGUUCUGUUUGACGUUUGUUGGGUGCUUGGAAGUAAAGGAUCUUUGACAGCCACUGCAUCUAUGUCACGGUAUCAAAUUAAAUUGGUGUGACCUGUUUGGGUAAGGCAACACCGGACUGGGUAGCAACAGAGGCACAUGUGCCAGUGAUAAGAGUAGAUCUUUCUUUACCGAGAAGACAACAAGUCCACAGCACUUAACAGUGGUGCAAGACCAACUUCUACCCUCUGGAUGUAGCCUGUGAUGGUGGUACCCUUACUGAAGUUCAAUCAAUCCCAUGUGGGUGAGUUGAGACAAGCGCCAGCAGUUCUUCAAUUAUUCAUCACUUCAAAGAAAGACCAGGCGAAAGUGAACACGACUGUCUGAGAAACCAAAAGAUGGACUAGAAUGUGCCUGAACAAAACUUUGUUCCAAUAAAUUUGAAAGAAAAAAACUGAGAAGUCUUUUUUAAGGAGGACUGACCAAGACUUUUUGCGGAGGAUUUGCAAAUGUGAAAAUACCAAAAAACUGACUAGUAUGCACCUGAACAAAAUUUUGCUUUGAGAAAUUUGAAAAAGCAAAACCGAGAGGUCUGGCAAGGAACUUUGCAAGAAGGACACGAGGACUGACUGAGACUUCUUGCGGAGAACUGACAAACGUUGCGACCAAAAGACAGACUAGUCGAAACUUUGCUCCAAGAAAUCUGAAAGAGAUAACACAGAGGUCUAGCAAGGAACUUUCAAAGAAGGACUGACUUAGACUUCUUGCUAAGGAUUAAGAAACGUGCCGACCUCUGUGGGCAAGGAGGACAGAAGCUGUUAUUUAUAGUUGGACCACCUGCAAGCAGAAAAGUGUCGUCGAGGUUGUGGCCCGAGGAGGCGUGGUACUCAGAGGGUGGUGAGAUGGUGAAUACAGGUAUGCAGCUGAUCAGCUUCACCUGUGCUGUGACAGGUUGGGUGAUGGCUAUAGCAGUGACUGCACUGCCCCAGUGGAAGGUCACGGCCUUCAUAGGCAGCAACAUCUUGACCUCUGAAAUUGUUUGGCAGGGGAUUUGGAUGAACUGCAUCUACCAGACCACUGGCCAUAUGCAGUGUAAAACCUACGACUCCAUGCUGGCUCUACCACCUGAUAUCCAGGCAGCACGGGCACUGAUGUGCAUUGCUAUCUUCUUAGGCUGGUUGUCCUGCACCGUUUCUUGCUGUGGAAUGAAGUGCACCACCUGUGCCGGGGACGAUCUCCAUGCCAAGGCUGGCAUAGCACUGUCUGGUGGGGUGCUCUUCAUCCUGACGGGCCUGUGCGUCCUAGUGCCGAUUUCCUGGACAGCAAACACUGUGGUGCAGGACUUCUACAACCCCAAUGUUCCCCUCCAGCACAAGCGGGAGCUAGGGCAGGCCAUUUACCUGGGAUGGGCAGCAGCAGUGAUUCUUAUGAUCAGCGGGGCGGUGCUAAGCAGUACCUGCCCGCACAUCGAGAGAGGAGGGUACAGACGUGGGUACAUAGGUCGUAGUUUUGCAAACUCAAGGCCUUCUGCUCCAGAUCCGCCGAAUCCAAUCACCACCAGUACCCUGCCUCUCAAGGAGUAUGUAUGA